AUGGCUGCUUAUCAAUCGUUGAACUUUGGUUUCGAGCUCGAACUCUCGUUCAACAGUAGCAAGAAGCACAAAACGUGGCUUACCAUGGCCCAAGACACCAGCGCCCGUCUCACCAAAAAGGGGGUCAACAACCAGGUCAAGGAAAAGGUAGACCCAAACUACCGCAAAUGGUCCAUUGUUCAGGAGAUCACCAUCCCUCAACAUCCAUCCAAGAACAACUGGGCACUUGAACUGGUGUCUCCUAUAUUCAGCCUCGAUUCCCUCUGGCUGGCAGACACGGGCAACAUUUUUUCCGCCAUCCAGAAGCAUUCAUCGAUCCAAAAUAUUCCGCAGUGCAGCACCCACGUCCACAUCAGCCAAGACGGCCAGGACUUCUCGCCGUAUCAGCUAGCCGCCCUGUCCAAGGCAAUUCUGACCUACGAGGCAUGCUUCGACGCCUUGGUGCCCGCUGACAGAGAAUCAGCAUAUUGGUGCCAAAGCAACCGCUGGAAUCCAAUUAUGGCACGCUGUCAGACCAUGGAAGAUUGUUGGGAUAUCCUCGACACGGCCUCGCAGCGCGGCACAUGCGCCGUCGUCGAGGCGAUGUGCAUCUUCCCCGCCUCAAGCGCGUACGGCCGGGCCCACGGCAGAAAAAAGGAUUUCGUCCACGGAAAGGUCUACAAGUGGAACUUUGCUCGUCUUCUCGGGAACGAAAAUGGGCGAACGAUCGAGUUCCGCCAGCCUUCUGGAAGCACAUGCGCCGAAGACGCCAUUGGCUGGGUCCUGUUGACGUUGACCUUUGUCGCGGGGGCCACCGGUGGUGGAAAUUGUAUUGGAGCUUUGGAAGCCGGCGGCGAUGACCGGACUGAAUUUUGGCAUCUUUUGUGUCAUGGGGCGGAGGUUAUGGGACUGGACCCUUUCUUGCUUGAUGUCCUCAGUGGCUUUAUCGCUCGGGCGUCAGCUUGA